UUUUUGCCCAAACCGAAAGAAAAUGGAACGGUUUUCUGCUAUCUUCCUCUCCCAAUUCACAGUGGCCUGCCUGUGUUUAUAAAUGGUGCGUUUGCAGUGGAUUCCAAUAGGCGUUGUUUGCAAGGUAAACUUGAAGACGACAAGAGAUGCUAUGGCGAGGAAUGGAAUAAUGUUCUAAUGACUGAUUCCAUAUCUACUGCUUAUUUGUGCCUCCUUGAGGAUCUUAAGAAAAUUCUCCCUGGAGACGGAUCUUAUGUUUUCCAUUCACUGUGGCCAAAGGCUUUUGACGUAACAGAACAAUUCCGGUCUAUUACAAAGUCGUUCUACAAGCAAAUUGCUAAUGGAACCCAUGCUCUGUUCUCCAAUGGAAGAAAAUGG